AUGAGCAGAUGUGCACUACUAAAGCCUUUAACAUGCUGCACCAAUAUCUACCACUCUGAAAUAUACUCUAGGAUGGAGAAUAACGCAGAUCUGAGGCUUCCUAAUAAGCCUGCUUUAGGCGCAAGUGCCAACAUUGAUAUCCGGCUUGCAAGGUCUAUUCCCAGGGAUAAAAAGUACAAAUUAUUAUUUGAUAACUACUACAUAUGCCCUGAAUUGAUUACGUAUCCUGCCAAUGAAGGAAUAUAUUCUAUGGGAACCGUGGAAAAAGGACGAAUAGGCAAAUCUAUACAAAUACCAUCAAUGAAAGAUCUAAAAAGUAGCAAGAAGGAAAGAGGAUAUUCAGAGGAAUGGGUAGGCAAUGUAAAUGGCACAGAUAUCGUCACAGUUAUGUGUUAUCACAAUAAACCAGUGGUGUUGACUUCAACUUUUGUUCGAAAAGAGCCUACUCAAAAAGUAAGGUUUUGUAAAAAACAAAAGAAAUAUAUAGGUAUCGAUUGCCCUCAAAUUGUUCGCAACUACAAUCAGCAUAUGGGUGAGUUGAAUUGCUCGACUCAUUCUUAG